GCAAAACAGAAAGCAGCAGGCUACCAGCUCCUCACUCAUCUCAUGAUCUGCUGCUGGCUUCUUGGAACCAGUUCCCUUCUUUUUUUUCCCUUCCCUCUCCUGUCUUCCUUGCCAUCAUCUUAGCACCGCGUGUCCAUCGUAUUGCUUUACCAUUACACUUUACACCGUCUUUUUCUAUUACUUGCGCCUCUACUACCGCCAACCGCUUUUCUUGCCGUUUGGCUUCUAACCCGCCAUCACAGAAAGCGACACGCCCAACGGCCACAACCACAAGCUUUCUACCGCCGCCGACACCAUGUCGUCAUCGGCGCCCCCAGCUACCGUCGACGCCCCUGACGAGCAGCAGAGCGAAGGCUCCAAGCUGAGAACAUUUUUGGGAAUCCUCAGAAAGUUCAUUGGAGUCUCAGAUCUCGCCGCCGUCCGCUUCUCGCUCCCCUCCCAGCUUCUCGAGCCCACGCCCAACCUCGAGUACUGGACCUACCUCGAUGCCCCUAAUGCCUUCAUCGCAAUUGGCACCGCCGACGAACCACUCGACCGAAUGCUCGAGGUCGUCCGUUUCUGGCUGACCAAGGAUAUCAAGUAUGCAAAGGGCAAGCCCUGCAAGCCUUACAACUCGUGCCUUGGCGAAUUCUUCAGAUGCAACUGGGACACCGAGGACAAUGCACCAAAGAUUGUGUCGUCUGCUAUUACCCAGAACGGAGUCAGCUCCAGCGGCUCGAGUAUCAAGGCCUCUAGCGUAAAGAGUGACAAGAAUGCCUCGACAAUGUCCCUUUCCGUGCCUCAGCACGACAGCAGCGCCGAUAAGAAGCUUGUCCGCGUCUCUUACCUCACCGAGCAGACCUCUCACCACCCUCCCGUCAGCGCUUUCCACAUUGCUUGCCCCGAAAAGGGCCUCAGCGCCCGCGGCUUCGACCAAAUCACAGCAAAGUUCACUGGCACCUCCGUCAAGGUCAUGCCCGGCGAGCACAACCUUGGCAUCUUCAUCACCCUCGACAACCGCGAUGGUGAGACCUACCAGCUCACUCACCCCGCUGCCCACCUUGGCGGCAUCCUUCGUGGCACCCUGAGUGUCUCUGUUAGCGAAAUGGCUUACUUUACCUGCCCGAAGACCAAGAUCAAGGCUAUCCUUCACUACGUCGAUGAAGGCUGGUUGGGCCGCAGCACCAACAAGGUCGACGGUGUUAUCUUCAACUACGAUCCUGAAAACGACAACAUCACCAGAGUACAGGAUGUCCCCGAGGAGGAUAUCCUGGCCCGUCUGAGCGGCCCUUGGAGAGAAAAGGUCGUCUUCACGCUUGGUUCUCGACCAGUUAAAACUGUCCCUGCUGAGGAACAGUACACCAUUAUCGACAUCGCCCCUCUCAGCGUCGCCCCCAAAGUUAUCCCUCCUGCCGAAAAGCAGCUCCCCAACGAGUCGCUCACCCUCUGGGGCAACGUUACCACCGCCAUUCACGCCAAGCAGUUCUCCAAGGCCACCUCGAUCAAGCAGGAGCUCGAGGAGGCCCAACGUGUCAAGGCCCGCGAGCGCGAGGCCAACGGCACCACCUGGUCCCCAGUUUACUUUGAGCAUGCUGUCGGCAACGGCGGCCGCCCUGACCUUACCGAGAAGGGCAAACAAGUCAUUGAGCGCAGCCAGAAGGGCGAAUGGUCCCUCGAUGGCAUCUAGAGCCACCACCGUUUCCGUCAUUGCUUUCCUGUCAUCUUCUUUUUUUGGGUAUAUGCUUAGUGGUAUGGCAUUGAAUGUGGACAACGUAAGGACUUUCUUUGUCCGUUCUUAAUUAUGGCGCUAUCCCGUGCUCUUUUUUUUUUUGUUUUUCUGCUCAGACUUGAUAUUGCUUAUUCCGGGGCUCAACUUAGAGACAACCGCGCGGCACGCAUGGCACUCUUUAUUACGUUAUGUUACGUUCUACUCUUUUCUUGCAUUAGACGACGCGAAUUGCAUGGUUGAGCAAUGGAGCUGUUUUCAGACUCCUCAUUUUACACCUUUUUGGGCUAGAUAGAGAUGGUAUUUUUACUUUCUUGUUUGCUGCGUGCCUUGUGGCUGGUGGCUACUCUGUCACCAUGUCUCUCAGACGUACAUAGAAUGCAUGGAUAAAUUUGGCACAAAGAAAGCAGUAUUCAGAUCAUUUUUUUUUAAAAAAGCCUAUGGGCAUUAAAAAAGCUGUAAACUAAAAUGUUGCGAUUUUUCCUUCGUCUCGUUUUCUUCUUACAUGGGGGCUGGCACACCAGCGCCUCUACUAUAAUACAAGUUUGGUUGCAGAAGCGACAACCAGCCAUACCGCCUCAACGAUAAGCUGCCUGUCCCUUCUACGUUUUUCUAAUGUAACAGAUUCCAUCCGACUCUUUUUUGGGUCCUCCUCGAAACACAUGGUCAGAUCUGUGGCAGAUUUAACCGAGAUUUCUUAGGGGUGUAGUAUCAAAGCGUGAUGUUUUUUUAAGCGUCAAUGAAGCCCUUGACGUUGCCCAACCAGCGGAGGUACUCGCGCUGCUCCUUGACAUCGACGUAGUCGGGGACAAAGACAGCCAUGGUCUGGGUGAUGCCUCUCUCCUCAAGGAAGCGCUCCAUGAGAACCUGGAGGUCCUCGUCGAGGCUGCCAAAGGGAGGGCCGGGGUAGACAUCGGCGCGCUUCUGGGCGGCAUCGGGGCUCUCAACCUUGGCGAGCGAAGCGUCCUCGUAGAAGAACAUGUUCUCGACAACAAUGGCGCCGUCCUGGGCGGUCGCGUCAAUGUUGAGAGCGCCCUUGGUCUUGCCGGGCUUCUCGAUCACAAUGGACAAGUUGAUGGGGGCGCCGGCCUCGUCGAGCGCAUCAAAGUCCUCGGCAUCCUCCUCGGCCAGCUCGUUCUGCUUGGCGUCAACGUUGUCGUCGGCAAGCUCGUCCUCGAGGGCGGCGUCCUCGGCGUACGGGUCGAAGUUGGUGAUGUCGGCAACGGAGAAGCUGACGGUGAUCCUGGAAGCGCGUUAGUAACUUUUCUAGGUGAAGCUCGCUCGUAGUCUUACUUUUCGUCGCCAAAGUCGCGGACCAGCUUCACAACCUCCUGGCCAGGGAUGUCGACCAGCUCAAAGGGGCUGUUCUCGAGAAAGUCCUUGAUGCUGGCGGGCUGCUCCUCGCUGGCGGCCAUCUCGUUCUCAAUGGAGAUUUCGCUCUCGAGCUUGGCGGAGAGCUCAUCGUCAGUUUCGCCGUCGGCGGCGCGGCGGCCAGCAGUCGUCGAGAAGGGGGCGGCAACGCGGGCAGAGGUCAGGGAGUAGGCGCUCGAUGCCUUGAGGAAUGCGCUGGGGCGGGCGGCGGAGCGAGCAAUGGUGCUGGCGCCAGAGAGGCGGGCCAGAGUUCGGGGCGCGGAGCGCGCAAGCGAUCGGAUAGAAAGCAUUGUGAGGGCGAGGCGGAUGGAUGAGAGGAACGGUGGUGGUUGAAGGAGAG